AUGGCCGCCGCAAAAUCACCACAAACGGAGCUGCCGACCUUCUCCCCCGUCGACUAUGCAAAGUUCUUCGGAGCCGGCGCCCUCGCGGCGACUCUCACCCACGGUGCCGCGACGCCCAUCGACGUCGUCAAGACGCGCAUCCAGGUCGACGACGCCAUGAAGGGCCUCAACAUGCUCAAGGCCGGCCGCACCAUCGUCGCCAAGGAGGGCGCCUCCGCCCUGCUCACCGGCUUCGGCCCCACCGCCGUCGGCUACCUCGUCCAGGGCGGCGGCAAGUUCGCCGGCUACGAGUUCUUCAAGAAGAAGUUCAUCACCCUCGCGGGCGGGCCCGAGAAGGCCGUCGACAGGCGCACCGCCAUCUACCUCGGCGCCAGCGCCACCGCCGAGGUCUUCGCCGACGUCCUGCUCUGCCCCCUCGAGGCCACCCGCAUCCGCCUCGUCUCCCAGCGCAACUACGCCUCCGGCCUCGUCCCCGGCUUCGCCCGCCUCGCCCGCGAGGAAGGCUUCCGCGGCUUCUACUCGGGCUUCGUGCCCCUGCUGUUCAAGCAGGUACCCUACGCCGUCGGCCAGUUCUCCGUCCACGAGGCCGCCGUCGAGGUCAUCUACCGCGCCAUGGGCCCCGAGAAGAAGGCCAAGAUGACCCAGCUGCAGUCCACGGGCGUCGAGCUGGCCUCGGGCGUCGUCGCCGGUGUCGCCGCCGCCGUGCUGUCCCACCCGGCCGACACGCUGCUGUCCGCCAUCAACAAGGGCGCCGGCGACCCCAACCAGGGCGCCACGAGCCGCAUGAUCCAGCUCGCCAAGGAGUUUGGUCCCAAGCGCCUGCUGCUCACGGGCCUGGGCCCCCGUAUCGUCAUGACCUGCGGUCUGGUCGCCGGCCAGUUUGUCAUUUACGCGCAGUGCAAGACGCUGGUUGGUGCGCCGGCCGGCAUUGAGAUUCACAAGGAACAGUCUCUGUAG